UGUUUUGAUUCCACACGUGUUGUAGAAAAACAGACGGCUGAUGUGAUGUACAGAUAGCUUGGGCUGCUUCAGGGAGUUGUACGUCAGGAGAGUGAAGACCAUUGCUAUGGCAGAUACGUCAGAGUUAACAGAAAUUUUGGCACAACUGAAACUAACAAGACAGUCUGAAUUAUCUCAAAAAGACAUCUAUGUACUAGAUCUUGCUGUACAACACAGUGAUUCAACAGAAAAACUUCUGGCUGCUACCAGUAGUAACCAUACAGUACGACUAUUUAACUUUGGCACUGGUACAUUAAAGGGUACACAACAUGUCACAGCCCAUACAGAUGUGAUAUCAGGAAUACAGUUUGGGAAAGCAGAGCACCAUCUCCUUUAUACCUCAUCCUUUGAUAGGACAAUCAAAUGCUGGGACACUAGGACCAAUAUGAAGAAUCCAAUACAGACAUUUGAAGGUUACGAUGAAACAAACAAUAUUUUCACGAGUUUUGAUGUCAACUCUAAUGAUCGUGUUGUGUGUGCAGGCACAGAGCCUAAGAAUAAACAUUCUGACACUCACAUCAUCUUUUGGGACAGAAGGCAAGGUAGUCUGAUGGGGGCCUACAACGAGUCUCACCAGGACGAUAUCACACAGGUCUGUUUUCACCCUGAGAAUCCUGAUUGUUUAGCCACAGGUUCUACAGAUGGUCUGGUGUGUGUGUUUGACCUUGGUCAGACAACAGAGGAUGAUGCCAUCAAACUGACCCUCAACUCUGAGUCCUCUGUGGCAAAAAUUGGUUGGUGCGGGGAACAGAAAAAGGACUUGUACUGUCUAACACACAUUGAUACAUUGAAUGUCUGGGACACACAGAAGGAGGGUGAGGAUGUGUUGGAGCUUAAGGAUUUGAAGGAAGUUUUAAAGGGAGACGACUCAAUCGACUACCUUGUUGAUUGCUUUGAUGUCAACAACCGACUUCUGCUGACAACCGGUACACACAGUGGUGACAUCAGGCUUCUGGAUGUGUCUGGUGAUGGUCCAUCUGUGGUGACAACAUUGGCAAAGGGACAUAACUCUACUGUUCGGGUCUCAUACUGGGACAGCAAGACAUGCAGUUUGGUGACUGGGGGAGAGGACUCUUAUCUGUGUCUAUGGUCCAAGGAUGGCCAACUCCAGACACCCUAUGGAACAGUUAGUGUGGCAGAAAGUCAGCACACUCCUUCUCAUGGAAAGGUCAAGUCAAAGAUGAAGAAAGCCUCACAAAAAAAGUCCAAGCCUUAUUAAUUUUACACAUCAUUAUAAAGACUUUCAUAAAAAAAUUUUGUAAAAUUUGUUUUUCAUUUACUAUUAUUUGAACCAGUUCUGUUAAUGCAAUCUGUACAAAGUUUGCUCAUAAAGAGGAAAUAAUCAAAGUUUUAACUGUCAAAGAUGAAAUACACAGAAAGUUUUAUCCACUAAGAUUAAAUACUGUAUAUAGGGAAA